CUCGUCCGCACCGCGUCAUACGUAUCGCGCCGGCCGGUCGACCACGACCGCGCAACCACACAGUCCGACAACGCGCCCGCCGCCGUGCUGCACUCGCGAGCGUUCGUCGAUCGGUAUCAGACAGUAUUAAUAUCAAUUCGUAAUAUCGUUACAGCGAUUGUCGGUGAUUUUCCGUUCUACGCCUCUCGUCACUCCGCCGGUUUUUUCCGUUUACGAGUUCCCGGUUUUCCAGUUCCGAGAUCGUUCCACACACGUCUGGCCUUUGUCGGAUCGGGGCACGCGGGGGUUCCGCUGCUAUGAGCAUUAUCGACAACGGCAGAUCGUCGCUACACCGGACACGAAAAGACUCCAGUCAGUUCAAUUUUUCAUCAGGCAUGCGAUUGACGACGUACGCCAGCAGCGACGGUCGAGCAGCGGCGACAUGUUGAUGCGCCAUGUCAAGGCAUGGACGCUCUAAACAAUACGGUCCGGAACCGCCGCCGGCGGCCGUCUACACCAAGCCGCCGCCGCCGGUGCACGGCAACAACACGUACAACGGCCGCGCGCACCUCCAUUACCAGCAGCAGUCACAACAGCAACACCAGCAAUUGCUGCUGCAACAGCAAUUCUACGGCACGCAGCAACAGCAACAGCAGCAACAACAGUCCAACGUGGUGGUCGGAUCUAGACCCCCGUCGAGCAGUCACCACCAUCACUCGUUGCCCAGAAAUGCCUGGAGCACGGACAGACAUUCUCCGGCGGCCGGCGGAUCUUCGUCGAACAGCUCGAACGACCGGGCUUACGCUGCCAACCGCCGAGCAAAGCACCACCGCGUGUACAACAGCCACCGGCAGGCGUCUCGCGGCCACCACAAGAGCGGCGGGGGCGGCGCCGGUGGUGGUGCCACCACGGACCCGGACGCCCUGUCGUCGGUGACAACGGCCGGCAUCAAGUACAACCCACUGCAGCAACCGCCGCCACAACAGUUGAACCACCAAUCGCUGCACCAACUACACCAGCAACAGCAACAGCAGCAGCACCACCACCGGCCGCAGAUGGCGCAGGCCUGGCCACCGGUCGAACCGCCGCCGUCGGCCGUCCACCAUCUCCAGCAACAGACGACCACCACCGCACAAUACUUGCCGCAGCCGCCGCCACAGUUACCGCCGCAGAACGCCGCCGCUGCAGCCGCGGUCUUGAGGCCACAUCACCAGCCACAGGCGGUGCCACUGUUGUUGCCCUCGUGUGACGUAGCCGUUGACGCAUGCGGUGGCCACUGUCCGAGGUUCGAAAACUUCUGCCAUUUCUGCUUGCUGGUGUUUUAUUUCGCGGGCAUCACGGUGGGCUUCCUGUUGAUCAUGGCGGCCGUCGUGUCCAGCCGGGAUCCUCGGUUCCUGUACAUCGGUGGCCUGGUGCUGCCGGUCAGCGCGUUCCUGAUGGCCGUUCAGUGCCGAGUGCGGCAGGACGCCGACCGCCGGAAGCGGCACAGGCAGCUGAACGGCCGGCACCACCACAGGUCGAACGCGGGCGCAUUGAUGGUGAUCAACAACAACAGCAACCAACACAACGGCGCCGUUUCCGGCCAACCGCCGGCCACCGGAUCCGGCACGGCCGCUGCCGCCGCCGAGACCAUACCGCUGCAGAACAUCAUGGCGGCCGGCGGUGCCGAUAACGGCGGCACGCUUCGCCGGCAGUUCCAGGGCAACGUCUAUCAGUACGUUGGCCAGAGGGACGGCAGCGAGGCCAACUACAACGCGGCCAACGGCCAUCACUACGAGACGACGUCUGAACUACAGCAAAUUGAAGGAGUGCCGUGGUGGAGACGAGAAGACAACCGACCGUAUCACAACCGCGCCCCUCACCAGUAACCAACCGUCACCACACACACCCCUCGGAUGGUCGUAAUUAUUAUUAUUUUUGUUUUUCAGUAGGCCCUGUCGAGUGUGUGUGUGUGUGUGUGUGUGUAUUUAUAUAUUAUUAUUAUAAAUACUAUUUGUACCUAUAUUCAUUAUUAAUAUUAUAUUUUGUCACUAAGUUUUUGUUGUCGCCAAAGUGCUUAAGUGCGACGUUUGUACACAUAUACAUAUAUAUACAUAUAUAUAUACACAUUAUAUUAUUAAACAACA